CUCGCUCUGGCCUCCUCACAGAAAUGGCAGAGGCGUAAUGCCAAUCUUUACAUGAUAAAGAUGCCAAUAAACCCCAUAAAAACCCAAUCUUUAUGAGGUUUUGAUAUCUUGGCACUCACAUUAUUAUAAUCAAUUCCAUGUCUGGAAACAAAGGCUUUGACUGUGGGACAGCAUCAGACCUGCUGCUCUGCGAUGAAGAAACCAAAAGCCUUUGCUUUGACGACAGCGAUUCCGUUGAAACUUUCAAUCAUCAAAUCCAUCAUCAAAUCAAUGGUGGAAAGGCCGAGAGCAGAUCAGAAUUCAUUCCUUUGCCGUUUCUCACAGAGGAAUGCCUUGGUUGGAUGAUGGAGAGAGAACGAGAGCAUUUGCCUCGAAAUGAUUAUCUCGUGAGGUUGAGAAGUGGAGAGUUGGAUUUGAGUUUGAGAAGGGAGGCUCUUGAUUGGAUGUUCAAGGCUUGUGCUCAUCACAAAUUUGGAGAAUUUUGCUUGUAUUUAGCAAUGAAUUACUUGGAUCGGUUUCUGUCAAUGUAUAGCCUCCCUAAGGGUAAGCAUUGGGUGAUUCAGUUGAUUGAAGUGUCUUGCUUAUCGUUGGCAGCCAAAACGGACGAGGUUAAUGUGCCUUCUCUAGUCGAUUUACAGGCAGGGGAGCCGGAGUUCUUGUUUGAGGGGAAGACCAUACAAAGAAUGGAGAUGUUAGUGCUGAGCUACUUGAAUUGGAAUGUCAAGCCUUACACUCCAUUCAACUUCAUAGAGUUCUACCUCAGGAAAACAAGUGAUGCUCGGAUCCCACCAGGGCCGUUGCUCACUAGGUCGAUACAAAUCAUCUUUAGCACGAUCAAAGGUAUCGACUUCUUGGAGUUCAAGCCGUCUGAGAUAGCUGAAGCUGUGGGGUUGUAUGUCUCAGGGGAAGUGGAUUUCGAUGAGAGUUUCAUACAAGAGAAGGGGAAAGUGGUGAAAUGUCUUGAGCUGAUUCAAGAUUUGGUAUCAAUAACCGGGGCUGCUGCUUCUACCACGACGAGCGUGGCCUCACAUUCAUCAUUGUCGUCGUCGUCAUCACCGUCUUAUAGCCCGAAUGGGGUGUUGGAUGCAGCAUCAUGUUUGAGCUAUAAAAGUGAAGAGAGAUGUUCUUCCACUAGUAAAAGGAGGAAGUUGGAUCAAAAUGGUGCCUCUUGAAUUGAUGGCAAUUUAAAUUUGGUGGGGGGGUUGGGAGUGGGAGGUUUAGCUACAUUUUUUAUGGAGUACAUAAAACAAUAAAAGGAGGGAGAUGUGAGCAUCAAAAGAAAUGGUAGGUGACAUGCCUGGGACAAAACCAGCAAAACAAUUUUAAAAUAGUUUGAGAGAGAGAGAGAGAGAGGCCUUGAUAAAUGAGGUAUUAGUAGUAGUAUUAUUUUUUAUGUAGAUUUGUUAUCUGGAAAUUCGGGAAUAUUAUGUAUUUCCAUUUGCGUUUAAAAAGAAAGAGUGAAUUUCAAAUA